AUGACGGCCGCCUCCUCGUCCGAGUCACCCGCGGCUCACCAAUUUCCGUUUCCGCUCCCCAAGAUUCUCGAAUACCCCGCCUCGGCCCCUCCAUCCCUCAUCGCACAAGGCGCCGAGGGCCGUCUCUACAAAACCACGUUCCUCGGGCCCGAUGUGCCCUGCGCACUGAAAUACCGACCGCCCAAGCCCUGGCGACACCCGAUUCUCGACCAGCGCCUCACCAGGCAUCGAAUCUUGUCCGAGGCGCGAAUCCUCGCCAAGUGUCGACGCGAUGGCGUCCGCGUCCCCGCCGUGUACGCAAUCGACGAAAGUGCUGGAUGGCUGAUGCUGGAAUGGAUCCAGGGCACGCCCGUCCGCGUCAACAUCAACAAGUGGCUGGGCAGCAGAACAGAUGGCAUCGAGAGCGACUCGAGGCUAAAAGACCUGAUGCGCCGCAUUGGCAUGGCCAUUGGCGCCAUGCACAGCAUUGGCAUUGUCCAUGGCGACCUGACCACGAGCAACAUGAUGCUGCGUCCGCCACCCGGCAGUGCUGAGCAUGUUGACGUGCUCAGUGGCGAGAUUGUCAUUAUUGAUCUCGGCCUAGCGAGCGGAGCGAUCCAUGAGGAAGAGAGAGCGGUCGACUUGUAUGUUCUCGAACGCGCUUUUGGCAGUACGCAUCCGCGCGCCGAGUGUCUAUUUGGCGAACUGCUCGAUGCAUACAGGGGCUGUUUCGGGCAAGCGGCGACGGUCUUGAAAAAGCUAGAGGAUGUCAGGAUGCGCGGGAGGAAACGCAGCAUGCUUGGCUAA